AUGUUGGAUUUUGGGGUUCGAACGAUAUUCAUCACAGGGCUUCCGGAGGACGUGAAGGAGAGGGAGCUACUGAAUCUGAUGCGAUGGCUUCCCGGAUUCGAAGCGUCUCAGCUGAAUUUCAAGGCCGAAAAGCCCAUGGGCUUCGCACUCUUCUCCACCGCCCACCAAGCAAUUGCCGCCAAGGACAUCCUUCAGGACAUGCUCUUCGAUCCCGACACCAAGUCCGUCCUCCACACCGAGAUGGCCAAGAAGAACCUCUUCGUCAAGAGAGGGGCUGAUGCGGGUGCGUUUGAUCAGAGUAAGCGAUUGCGGACAGCUGGGGAUUAUACGCACACUGGUUAUACAAGUCCUUCCCCUUUCCAUCCUCCACCACCACCCGUUUGGGGACCACAUGGGUACAUGGCUCCACCGCCGCCUCCUCCAUAUGAUCCAUAUGGAGGCUACCCCGUUGCGCCAGUGCCAAUGCCUACUCCUGCUCCAAUAGCAGCGCCUAGCAGUUAUGUUCCAGUUCAGAACACAAAAGAUAACCCUCCUUGCAACACCCUGUUUAUUGGGAACUUGGGAGAGAACAUUAAUGAGGAAGAAGUGAGGGGACUUUUCAGUGCACAACCUGGUUUUAAGCAAAUGAAGAUUUUAAGACAGGAGAGGCAUACUGUUUGCUUCAUUGAGUUUGAAGAUGUGAAUAGUGCUACCAAUGUACACCAUAAUUUGCAGGGAGCUGUUAUCCCAAGUUCUGGUUCAGUUGGCAUGCGAAUACAAUAUUCAAAGAAUCCAUUUGGAAAGAGAAAAGAUGGCAAUGUACCACUUGCCGUUCCUGGUGCCAACGGAACUCCACCAACAAAUAUGACUUAUCAAUAGCUUGAAGGGGAUGUACUCUGUUCUUUAUGAUCCAAGACAUGUUUCUACAUGAUAGGAUGCAUCUUGCAGCUGUUACAUGCAUCCAUUGAUUAUCAAGUCAUCACCAUUAGCAUCCCUGCUCAUGUGAAUGAAUGCACUGUGGCAUCAUAUACAUACAUUUGGCUGUUAUACUCAUCAGACAUGCAUCUCUUUACAGCAUGUGUUGGUUCCAUAUUAAUUUUCUAGUUGUUUAGAUGACAUUGUCAUUUGUAGAACUGAUGCAUGUGUCUUAAUUUUGUUUGAACUGUGUGCUUUGCUGUCAUAUAUAUUCUAUUUUCAUUGAUGCUAGGAAUGCUUAUCCAAAAAGCAUGAAGCUAACAACUUUCCAACUA